CUGAACUGUGAAUCAAACAGAGCCUCAAUUUCAAAAAUAUCAAAAUUCAAAAUCUAGUCUCAAAUUUUAAUUUGAAUCUCCUCUCUCUUUCUACAAUGGAUGCCUUGGAUUCCGUCAUCGACCCCCUCAGAGAAUUCUCAAGGGAUAGCAUCCGUCUUGUUAAAAGAUGCCACAAGCCCGAUAGCAAAGAGUUCUCCAAGGUUGCGUUGCGUACUGCGGUUGGAUUUGCUGUGAUGGGUUUUGUAGGGUUUUUCGUGAAGCUUAUCUUCAUCCCUAUUAACAAUAUCAUUGUUGGCUCUGUUUAGGUAUUGUUUUUUCGAUCAGAAUUUUUGCAUGUUUCUGAUUAUGAAAUUAUAUAGUGAUUUAUGUAAUUAAGUCGUUAUUCAUAUUAUUUUUGAUAUUAUUUUUUUUUUGCUGUUAUAUGAAAAUUCAGUUUUCAUGUUAAUUUUUUUUUUUAAAAAAUUUGUAUCAGUUGUUUUCGUCUGUUAAUUUUUGCCCAUUGCUGGAUUUUCUGAUAUUUCAUGUUUAAAUUGAUUACAUCUGUUAAUGGUUAGUCCAAAAUUAUACCUUUUCAAUGUGACUACGGAGUAGUAGUUUUGAAACCAAAUUAGAGAUGUUUACGAGUAUUAGAUGCUCAAAUUGAAUCUUCUAGGUUUUUUUUUUUUUUUUUUAUUGAUUGAGCAUAUUCUAAUGCUACUCAAAUUAGUUGAUUUUGGUUUUGAAUUUGCACAUUAGCAAGAACAUGGUUGUUUUCGAUACUUUUUUCGUUCGGUCAGUUACACAGACAAAUUGAAGAUAAACCUACAGAUAUAAGGCCUGUGUUUUGAGACUAUGAUAACAAUUAACAACAAUGUAUUCACUAUCAUAUCUUCAUGAAUCAUGAUCAUUAGUGAUAAAAGAAUUCCCGCAAACUAAAUCCUUUCUUUAAUGAGCCAAAA